CGGUGCGAAUAUUACAACAACUGUUUGCUUCAUAGCACCUGCUGCCCGCGUGUUGUCCGGAUUCAUAAUCUCGAGGCUCAUUAUAUAUGCAUGGAGAUUAAAGAUGUCAGUUAUUGUCGAAUAACGAUCUGGACAUCUCAGACGGAAUGAUUAUGAUCGAAUGCUAUGAAAUUCUAAAAAAAUUAUGUGAGUUUUGUAUUAUUAUCUUUUAUCUCACUCCAGUUGGCGAGAUGAUGUCUCUAUCAGAGAAGUGAUGAUGAGACAGACUUGAAAACCCUGCGAUCCAUUCGGAGGAGCUCACGUUUUAGUGCAAGUGGAGUCACACCUGCAGCACCGACUAAAGUGAUAAGUUCUGUACUUUUUCUGCAGAUUUCCGACGAAGUCUUUCCACAUUGGAGAUUACCAAACGUGUCAAUCCGCCUAGAUCCUAGUCUGGGGACAAUCAAGAAAGACAGAGCCACAUAAUCCAGAAAGCUCAUCACCGAAUUUUCCUGAGGGUGAACAAUAAAUAUGUCCGUCUGUUCGCAACCCUCGACAUCUCGACAGUCUGCACUCGUUCAAGAAGAAAGAAACUAUGGCCUCGAUGCAUAUUCAAACGGACCUCGGCAAUCUAAACUAUGUCGUUACAUCAAACUAGUAUUGCUUACGUGUUGUUGGGCCGUCUUCACCUUAAUACUGAUGAUGAAAGGUGAGAGCUCCCUGGAAACGCAUCGUAUAUUGGUGCCAAGUAAUUCUCUCCGCAUUUUUUCAAUUUCGGAAGAGCCUCUCAGCAGUCGUAUCUACAUGGCAAUCGAAGGUUCUCUGCUGCCCGCACCUGGUGGCUACCAAAGACCGAAUCAAUCCAGGUAUCACCUGAUCAUCUGGUUUGAACAAGUGGUCCAUAAUAAGGAGAAUGCAAUUAAUCAACGAUUCCGCGCAAAUGUGUCUGAUCAGUGGGUACUCCCUCUGCUGCCGCCCUACUACAUGGACCUGUUUCCCAAUCAAACGGCCGAUCGACUAGUGGAGUUGACGAGAAUUCAUGAAAACUAUCCGAAUAGAAUUCUCCAGAUGAAUCUGUACUCGAAUUCCCCCAUGAGUUUUGCAGUAAACAUAGGCUACAACCUCUCUCCAAAACACUCUGAAGAUGGCAUCAUCUACGGGGCAGUUGUUCUCGUAGGUCUCUACAUCCUGAUUAUUUUUGAAGUCGUUCACAGAGCACUAGCAGCUAUACUUGCCUCUACCAUGUCCCUAGCUAUUCUAGCGAUCUACAACGAACGACCCACGAUGACAGACUUCGUUUCUUGGAUCGAUAUCGACACGAUUCUCCUCCUAUUUUCAAUGAUGUUAAUCGUGGCUGUUGUCGCUGAGACUGGACUAUUCGAUUAUCUGGCUGUCUAUGCUUACAAAAUAACUGAAGGCAAGAUCUGGCCACUCAUCAGUACCUUAUGCUUCUUCACAGCAGCUCUAUCCUCAGUUUUGGAUAACGUUACAACAGUGCUUUUAAUGACUCCAGUGACAAUCAGACUGUGUGAAGUGAUGGAGCUGAAUCCCGUUCCAAUUUUGACAGCAAUGGUGAUUUAUUCGAAUAUUGGAGGUGCUCUAACACCCGUUGGAGAUCCUCCCAACGUGAUAAUCGCGUCAAAUCGUGAUGUUGUAAAUGCUGGAGUUGACUUUGGCACUUUUGUCCUUCACAUGAGUCUCGGUGUACUCAUUGUGGCAUUAGUAGUUUACGCACAACUACGAUUCAUCUUUCGUGACGUUUCGGUGUUGGGUUUUGAUGAGCCUCAGGAUGUUCAGGAUCUCCGUCACGAGAUCGCUAUCUGGCAGAGAACAGCUGCGAGUCUCUCCAGCUACAGUAAGGAUGAGAAUUUUGUGAAGCAGACACUUGUUAAGAGAGUUCACAGAUUACUCGCGUUGCUGAAGAGGAAGUUGAUGACGGGAAGUAUUGGAUUUGAGAGGUAUACGACAACGCUGGAGGAACUCCAGGAGAAAUAUCCCAUCAGAAAUAGAACGCUUCUGAUAAAAUCAGGUGUUGUUCUAUUUUUGGUCAUUCUUUUAUUUUUCCUGCACAGUCUUCCAACUCUGCAUUUAACAUUGGGAUGGACUGCUCUACUUGGAGUGCUACUGCUCCUCAUUAUCGCUGACGCUCAGGAUCUGGAUGGAAUAUUGGCGAGGGUUGAGUGGAGUACUUUGAUCUUCUUCGCUUCGCUGUUCAUUCUGAUGGAGGCAUUGGCACGAAUGGGACUUAUUGCGUGGAUCGGAAAACAAACGGAAUGGAUCAUUCUGUCUGUGUCCGAGGAAUCCAGAUUGGCUGUUGCAAUUUUAUUAAUUCUGUGGGUAUCAGCAUUCGCAAGUGCUUUUCUUGAUAAUGUUCCUCUAACUACGAUGAUGGUGAGAAUUACAACUAAUUUAGCCCAAAAUGAUGAACUAAAUUUGCCACUGCCGCCACUGAUUUGGGCGCUAGCUUUCGGCGCUUGUUUCGGGGGAAAUGCUACUUUGAUUGGAGCCACUGCCAAUGUCGUUUGUGCUGGGGUUGCUGAGCAACAUGGAUAUCGCUUCACAUUCCUCCAAUUUUUCAAAGUGGGAUUUCCAAUUAUGGUAACAAGUACACUAGUCGUUACCGUUUAUCUACUCGUCGCCCAUGUAGCUUUCAACUGGCAUUGAAGACGACGAAGUCAGUUUGCAGACACGCAGAUACAUAAGUUGAGGGUAUUUUUC